AUGGCCGAACCCGCGUCGGAACUCGAACAAUUCCGCCAGCGAUGGAAGGAAGAAGUCAGCGCUCGUACCAAGAAGCCAGAUAAAAGUACGUCGUCAUCACAGAAGGCGCGAAGGACAAGUGAUCACCGGCCAGAAAGGCCUAUCAACAAACCACCCACUCGCCACCCUGCGGCGGACAUCAAGCAAGACGACUCUGACCACCACAGCGACGCAGACCAUGCCGGCAGCAGCAGUUCAACCACACUCCAGCAACGCAUUGAAACCCUUAGGAUUCGUAACGUUGACGACGAUGACUUUACGCCCACGGCCAGGAAGGAGCCGGAGAGCGCGCUCGAGCACUUUGAGCGUGCGGUGGAGAAAGAAAGUCAAGGCAACCUGGGGGACAGUCUCUCUCACUAUCGGAAAGCUUACAAGCUCGAUGCCAAGGUCGACCAGACGUACAAGAACAAGCACUUUGCCGCAGCAUGGAAGUCGAAACCGGCGAACUCCAACCCGUCCAACGCCGCGGUAACGGUCCCCUCAACUGCUCAUCACUCCCUAGAAGAACCCAAGCGAGAACUUCUACCAUUUGCACAAUUGGUCGAUUCUUUUGCCAAUUGUCCGAUUUUGGGCGCUCCACCCAUCAUCCCUGGAGAUCGUCCUCCCCCAUGUGGGAUCAAAAAACUGCCCACGGAGGUAUUGUUGGAUUUGCUUCAGCAUGUUGCGAUACGCGACCCAGCCAUCUAUGUCCGCUUGUCCCUAGUGUGCAAGAAGCUGGCCUACCAUGUCAUGACCGACAAUAGCAUCUGGAAACGCGUCGCGUUAGGUCCAGAGUUCGGCCUCGCAAGCCAACAGUACAACUUCAACACCGACCUGCAAGGCCGGCAGAUCAUAUUCGACACAUUGAAUCAAGGCCCUGACGAGGAUAGCCGGCCGUCGCCAAGCCUGGUUACGGAGAUUCCUUUCCCAAAGGACACCAUGUGGCGAGAUGUCUUUCACAACUACCCUCGCAUCCGCUUCACGGGCGUCUACAUUUCCACCGUCAACUAUACACGGCCGGGUGGCGCUUCUGCCACCGCCAGCACGUGGCUAAAUCCUGUCCAUAUCGUUACGUAUUACCGAUAUCUACGGUUCUUCCGCGACGGUACCUGCAUUUCUCUACUGACCACCAGCGAACCUAUCGAGGUGGUCCACCACUUAACACCCGAGAACCUCAAUUUUGUCCGCUCUGGUAAGAAAGAAGCGGCAGGACAUCCUCUGAACUUCACCUCUUCGGCGCCCGCACUCCUCAGAGACUCUGCUCCUUCCUCCUCCACAGGUGGGACUGGCGCUGUUGCACCACCCCCCUCGGCGCGAGACGUCAUGAAACACGCCCUCCGUGGUCGCUGGCGCCUCUGUCAUCCAAGCCUUGAUGGCCCCAUGACAGUUACAGACGGCCCAACCACAGGGCCCCCAACGAACCAGUCGUCGCCCAAACCCACCAUGUCUCCCGGCGACUUGCACAUCGAAACCGAGGGCGCCGGCCCAAGGUAUAUGUAUACGAUGCACUUGUCGCUAAAACACGCGGGUAAUGCCAGGUCGAAAUAUACCACCAAGAACAACAAGCUGGUGUGGAAGGGUUUCUGGAGCUUCAACGUGCUCACGAACGAUUGGGCCGAGUUUCAUUUGAGGAAUGACAAGCCCUUCUUUUUCUCGAGGGUGAGGGGAUAUGGGCUCGGGUACUGA